CUUGCAACAGUGUUUCUAAGAUGCAUCUUAUCGAAAUCAUAUAAAGAACAAGCGUUUGACAGCUGCCACAGUUUGGAACCAGUGAGUUCGUCUGCAGCCCUGCCAGACAGCAGUGAAGAAAGAAUUCACUUAAUCUCCCUGAGAGACGAAAACACUGAAUGCUGGCAGCCUCCCUACGUUCGCGUCGUGCACUGUCUGCCUCUUCUCCUAAUGCAUGUGGGUGGUAGCUCUGCUCUCACAGCUCCUUGUUCCUGCCAGUAAAUAUUAACCAGGUGUUUCUCUUCCCUGCCUACCAGCUCCCUGACUGUCAGACCUGCAGCUGCGUCACUGCACCCUGAUGGCUCACCAUCACAAACCAGCAUGACGCGCUUGCUCAAAACUUACUCGUUCAUUAAGGAAUCAAACAAGUCUGGAGUGGAGCUGCCCCCAAACUCAACUUGAGCUGUGCACUCACUGCUCGCCCACGUGGACUGACUCUGAGGUGGUCCGGCUCCUGCUUUGGUGUUGCAAAUAAUUCCCCCCCAACGUACGCUGACCAAGUGGUUUAUCUUUUUCCCCUUACCGAGUAGAACGAUCUCAGUUUGCUCAGCAUCCCCAUGGCAGAUCAGGAAUGGGACUGGUUUCAGAGAGAGGAGCUGAUCGGGCAGAUUAGCGACAUCAGAGUGCAGAAUCUACAAGUUGAAAGAGAAAAUAUUCAGAAAAGGACUUUCACAAGAUGGAUGAAUUUACAUUUGGAAAAACAUUCACCUGCUAUGGAAGUGAAGGACCUGCUUCUUGACAUUCAGGAUGGCAAGAUCCUUAUGGCACUGCUGGAGGUACUAUCCGGUCAAAGCCUGCUGCAAGACUUCAAGGAGUCUAAGCACAGAAUAUUUCGUCUGAACAACAUAGCAAAAGUUCUUCAAUUUCUAGAAGAUAGAAACGUGAAACUAAUUAGUAUCGAUGCUGCAGAAAUAGCAGAUGGAAACUGCUCAAUGGUUCUUGGGCUAAUAUGGAACAUUAUCCUGUUUUACCAGAUAAAAGAACUAACAGGCAAUCUUAAGAAAAAAUUUGCAUCAUCUUCCAGUCUUUCUUCCAUAUUGAACGAUGGGGAGUCUGAAAAUGUACAGUCACCAACCUCACCAACCUCACCAUUGUGUGAAAAAUUAGUGUCCCAUUCAAUGAAAGAUCAGAGGAAAGCAAUCAAGGUACUCUUACACUGGGUCAGAAAAAGAACAAGAAAUUUUCGAAAUGAUGUAUCAGAACAUGGCUGUACUGUCUCUGGAGAUAGACUUAAAAUGAAUCGUGAUGGAUUUUCAGAUAUUGGCAGAGGAUAUACAAAAUGCUGUCAGAUGCAAUACACUCCAGAGUCUGCAAUCAAAGAACUAACAGGCAAUCUUAAGAAAAAAUUUGCAUCAUCUUCCAGUCUUUCUUCCAUAUUGAACGAUGGGGAGUCUGAAAAUGUACAGUCACCAACCUCACCAACCUCACCAUUGUGUGAAAAAUUAGUGUCCCAUUCAAUGAAAGAUCAGAGGAAAGCAAUCAAGGUACUCUUACACUGGGUCAGAAAAAGAACAAGAAAGUAUGGUGUGGAAGUUCAGGACUUUGGCAGCAGCUGGAAGAGUGGUCUUGCAUUCUUGGCUAUUAUAAAAUCAAUUGAUCCUUCCCUGGUGGACAUGGCAGCAUCACUUAAUAAGUCUCCAAGAGAAAACCUCGAGGAUGCCUUUAGGAUUGCCUUUUAUAGUCUUGGGAUUCCUAGACUGCUGGAACCAGAAGAUGUCAUGGUUAGAGCUCCUGAUGAACAGUCACUCGUGACCUAUGUGGCCCAGUUUCUUGAACACUUCCCUGAACUGGAGUCUGAUGAUACAUCAGAAGCUGCAGGUGAACAUGCUGCUGAUCCUGUUGACCAAAGUCGGGAUAUUUCCCUGGAACCUGUGCAAAAAGUUAAGGUUGUUCAACAAAAUGGUGAGCAUCUCCAUGAUGCAAAUGGUAAUGGAAUUAGUCCUCCUCCACCAAAGAUAUUUGUGUACUCUGCAGUAGAUGACGACGAGUACCCUUCCAGAAAUACCCAUGAUGCAUCUUUCACUGAUCAUCAGCAAGGGUUGUCAUCAGAAUUGAGUUCAUCAGCAGCAGCAGAGAAAGAAGAACCUUCUGAGGAUGUCAAGGAUGGUUUGUCAAAAUCCCCAACUGUUCAACCCAAAGAACCACUCAGUAAUAAAGAGAAUUCCUCAUCUCAGUACGUGAAAAACAGUGCAACUCAAUAUCUGAUGCUCGAAUCAGAUGGGCAAAGUGACUUGAAUUGUGACAGAAGUAAUGAAGGUGUUACAGGCACACAUAUGAGUAAUUCAUUUCAUCAGACUAAUGCUGUACAGUUGUUGCAUUCUAAUGCUGAAAAGUUAGAUGGACCAUAUGGUUCUUACACUGACAUUUUGGUUUUGAAAAAAUCAAUCUCACCCACUAGUGCUGUCCAUGGAGAAAAAUAUAAUUUUAAACAUGGUUACGACUUUGCUGUUUCUUCUUUGCAGCAGGAGCAUAACCCCCAUAUUUUGUCUGAGGAGGAAAAUGCUGCAUAUAGAUAUAUUUUAGAUCUAAGUGACAAAGAAAAUGCAAAGUCUUCCAGUAAGGAAGAUCAAAGAGGUGGGACACCCAAUCAGCAGACUGCAGAAGUUCAUUAUUAUUUAACUGAAUGCUCUAGCUCUAAAAGCAAGCCAGGAGAAGGCCCUUCUGUUAGCACUACAGAGCUUUCUGAACUAAGUGCUGAAAUGCCAAAUAAUCUCCAGCGCAGUCGAAGUAAUAGUCCUUCACGAUAUUCCAAGGUUUCUGUAAUCCCCCUAGAUCUAGUCUAUUAUCCCCAUUAUAAUGUUCCCAUAUCUGACGUUAUAGAAGCAUACAUUGAUCCUGAUGUGUCAGACUCUGUUCUUAAGGAAACUGCUGUCCAUUUGUCUGAAAGCUGCUUAGAGGAGCCUUCCAAGAACUGUUUCACACCAAACGAAGACAACCACCAUUGUAAUUCUGCUACUGCUGGUCAACUACCACUACCUGACGAAUGCCCAUCUACCAGUAAGUCUGUUUCUGCUGCAGGAGGAGACUGCGUUUGUAGACAACCUAGUGCGGAAGUCUUAAAUGCUUUGUCUAACACAGCAGACAUUAAUAAUGAAGCGGAGGAUGUGCAACCUGUUGAUGUCACUGCACUUGGACAAUCACCUUGUGCUACAUCGGAUAUGGUAACACCAGAAACUUUUUUACAAGUACAUACUGCUGGUCCUGAUGCGUAUACUGCAUCUGCCAAUGGACUACCUACAAGUCAUGAUUCAGAACUUCAGCUGUCAUCAUCCUUGCAUCAUAUUCCUUCAGAUUCACUAGGCUCUGAGGAAGACAGUCCUACACUUCCAUGCAACAACUCAGCAGUGAGAACAGUUACUUACACUGAUAAUAAUGUAAGCUCUGAAACAGUUGAUGGUACAUCUAGACCUGCAAAUUCAGUUGAGAACUCUCUGAGUUUUAUAGCUUGUGUCGUUAAGCCCGAGGAAAUUUAUGCAGUUCAGCAGUUAAGUGAAACAUUUAUGGAACAGAAGUAUUUUGAGUGCCAUGGUGAGGAGGUCCUCCAAAGUAUAAAGCCUUCAGAAAAGCAUGAGUGGAGCAAUCUGCAGGAAUCAGAUGGACUUGCAUCAGAGGUGCUAAGAGACUUACAAGAGCAGGAGGAAGCUUUCCAUAUGAGGAAAAGUGGUGAAAUGAACCUUCCAGAUGAAAGCAAAGCAGUGCAGCUUGAAACUGUACAGGAAUUGAUGCUGGAAAGAUUUUCCUCUUCUACCUACAUCUUCUCCUGCUGUUUCCUGUCACUAAUUAUCCUUCUUUCCCCACUGCUUGUCUUGUGUUUCCACUGGAUUAGACUUCUACUCAUAAUCUUCACUUUAACACCUGGAGCAUUGUGGGAAAUCAUACUGGCAACAGACAGAACAAACAGCGAUGUGGACAGUAAUCAGAACACCUCUCUCAAAUGUGCCAAUGACAAGGAAUGCAAGAAUGUAGCAGAAAAGAGUCUUUACAACAGAAAUGAAAAAAAUGUUGCUGGAAUCGGAGAUGAAAUCCCAAAGGAACCUGUUGUGUUUCAACAUCUGCACAUGAAUACAUUUUCUGCAGACCGCCAAACUUCAGACCUUAUUUACUUGAUUGUCCUGCUCUGGAUGGUUGUUUAUUGUCUCCUUAUCCUCCCACAAGUGGACUACAGUCAGAUGCCAUAUUUUAGCAGUGAAGAGUAGCAGUCACAGUAGAGAAGAAAGAAAAAGAAGAAAUAUUUAAACAGCCUCUAAAAGUGCAUGGCAGAACUAAGAAACGGUGAUGUUUACACUUUUCUGACAACAACGGAUUGAAAGAAGUUUUUGGAAGAUACAGUUCCAUGAACUGCCAUGCCGUACGACAAAGACAGGUGUAACAUCUGUAGAUCGCAGAUCUAAGGCUAAGAAUAUAGCUGACUGAUUGUACAGUGAAAGUUAGCACAUUAUCACUAUAGUAGUUAUGUUUUCCUGUGCCUUACUCUGCUGACAUCUAAAUCAUAAAUCAAAUUUGUUGUAUCGGUUGUGAAGAGCUACGUCUUGGUUCCCUCACUGUUACAGUCACCUACAUGUAAGGUAACUAUUUCCACAGAACAGGUCAAGAUAUGCUUUUAAUUUCAUUUUGAUUUGAUAGUGAUUGCUGAAGGGGAAACAGUGACAUUUAAAUUAGAAAAUGAUGUAAUUUUAAAGAAGGUGUAAUAUUGACAUUAGCUUUUUAAAUUACUUCACCUUAGUUCACACGAAAAUAAUUUUAGUGCUUCAAAAACAAAAUGGUAGAAAAGGUCAGGUGAAAUAUUCCAUUUUUUUAUUUCAGAUUAUAGUUCUUAGCAGUUACUUAACAGAAAAAUGAACAAUGCUUCAUUUUCCAGUCAGAUUUUGCACAUAUUCUGUUCACAAAUGAAGGUUAAUCAAUGUUAAAUGCAUUUAAUGGAAGCUUUGAUUAGAGACCAAGGAGCUUGCAUUGUUGGAAAUGUCUUAAUCUUUAUGUACAUGUGGGAUAUAAAGACAGUAAUACUUCUGAAGUAAAAUCCAACCCAGUUAUCUGUAUAGGUCUUAUAAUAUGUAUUUUUAUUAUGUGAACAUUAUUUAUUAUAAUAGAGCAGAAAAGUGAAUUCUCUGAAUCAGUGCGGAGAUAUAAGAAAUAAAAUCAAAAUAUAGUUCAGGAAUGUCUAAGUAGUAGAGUAAAUGUGUACAUUAUUUUCCCUCAGAUCAAAUGCAGCAGUAAAUUAACAUAUAUUAAUAUUAAUUGUAAAUACCGGCAAAAAAUCAGUUGCUGAAGAUUUGGUAAAAUGUAUUUAUAAUGGUAUAUAGUAUAGAAUAUAUGGCAAAUCAGUUUUUUACUGACAUGAACAAUUUGUAUGCUUUUUUUUCUUUUUUAACAUGUAUGGUGGCCAAGUCUAUUCUACUUUAUCAGAAAUAUACAGCACAGUAAUAUUUUAUUAUAAGUAGAAUGGAACUCAUGAUUGUACUACAGUGAAGGAAAGGCUGGACCUUUGAAGUAAGGCUGUACAGUUUAUUUUAUAGCAGGAUGGAGAAUUACUGAUUGCAUGGCACUGGAUGUCCCCAUACUAUUUUAUUGAAAAACCACAGUGUCCUUGUUGGUAUUUUUGUGUUUCAUAAACUAAGUAAUCCUAUGAAAAUGAUUUUAAUGUCAUGAAAUGUGUUGCUUAGUGCAUACACCUGUUUUGGGUUAUUUUUUAUAACAGAACUUAAAACAAAAAUAUUACCUGUUUUUAUCACUGUAAUGAAAUAUUCUCAAGAUGGAAACACGGUGUAACUCUACUGUACUGUAGAAAUAUUGAUAUCUACAUAUGUUUUUGGUCAUCAUUGAGUUGUGUAUGUGGUUUGCCACCUGAAAACUGCACAAAACAAUCCUUUAUUGCUUAGAAUUCAUCAUAUGUUUGGAAAUGAUUGGAUAUGCACUGUUAUGCUGCAAAAAUCUGUUCUUGGACUGUAAACCUUGGACAAGUCCCAGACUCCCUAUUGUCAGUUCUUGAACACACUGUACUUGUUUCUAUAUCCAUUAUUAGAUUUGUGAUGGAGGAAAAAAGUCAGCCCUAAUGCAGAACAUGGCAGCUGUUCCUUUGUGCAGCUAUAAAAAGUGAUACUUCUUACCAGAAAGGCAGUGCAAACCUUUCAGGCAUGUACUUAUCAAAAAAUGUUCAUAAUUACUUAUGAUUUGGCUUGUGUAUGUUCUUUAUCUUUUCAUUUUCUGCUUAAAAUAAAUGUAUAUUUUGUAAAAUAA